AUGUCGAAUUUGCCAAAGCUUGAAUUUGUGGCACUUGACAUUUCUAAAAAAAACUAUUUGUCAUGGGUACUUGAUGCUGAAAUUAACCUUACCGCUAAGGGUCUUGGUGAUAGUAUAAUAGAAGGAAAUAAAGUAUUAAGUCAGGAUAAAGCGAAAGCUAUGAUUUUUCUUCAUCAUCAUCUUGAUGAAAACCUGAAGGUUGAAUACUUAACAGUGAAAGAUUCACUUGAAUUGUGGGUAAGUUUGAAAGGGAGAUAUGACCACCUCAAGGCAACGGUAUUGCCAAGGGCUCGUUAUGAGUGGAUGCACUUAUGGUUUCAAGAUUAUAAAAACGUAAUUAAGUAUAACUCUGUUGUAUUUAGAAUCACUUCCCAAUUAAAAUUUCGUGGGGAAGUUAUAAAAGAUGAGGACAUGUUGGAAAAGACACUAACUACUUUCCAUGCAUCCAAUAUGAUAUUACAGCAGCAAUACCGUGAAAAAGGUUUUAAAAAAUACUCUGAAUUAAUCUCAUGGCUUCUGGUGGCUGAGCAACAUAAUGACCUUUUAAUGAAAAAUCAUGAAGCCCGUUCCGUUGGAAGUGCUCCAUUACCGGAGGCACACGGCCAGUCUGAAAUAAGACAAAAUAAUCGGGGCCAUGAUAAUGUGUGUGGGCGUGGCAAAGGCAAAAGACGAUAUAAUAAUCGUCGAGGUGGCGGUUAUAACAAAAGGGAGAACAAUAUAGGUUCUCAAAAUAAUCCGUCAAAAGGAAAGGUGAUCACUGUCAUCGUUGUGGCCUUAAAGGUCACUGAAAAAAUGAAUGUCGGGAAAGGAAAUAAAGGUGGUCCUUCCUCUUCUAAUGCCCCAGUAGAGUCACAUUUGACUCUCAAAGAUGAUGCUCAGGCAGGGUCUUCUAAAAAAUAUGAUGAGAAUAUUGAGGCAAGUUUAGCAUUGAAAGAUGAUGUUAUUGAUGGGCUCGAUGAUAUUACACAUUUGGAAGCUGAAGACUUCUUUGAGGAUCACAAUUGA